CUCCAUCACUGUCUGUGUGUCGAAUCAGCUGAACUCACAUCAGUUUUAGGUAAAAACCUUCAUAUUCAUGUGUUUCACAACCGGCUCAGUUUGACAGCUAACCUUAGAUCAGUUUCAUGUCUGCUCUCAGAGGCUGGCUGUCUGGAGACUGAAGGAGGACCAUGUUGGGGUUCAGGUGCAUUGUGGGUGAUCUGCGUGGCGGAGGAAGACUCCUGAGAGGUCUUCCUCUCCUCUCCUCGCCGAGUCGCCCCGUCGGCCUCCUUCCUCCUCCUCGUCUUCCACAGCUGACCCCGCGGUGUCGUCUCUCUCAGGGUCAGAGGUCGUCUGCUAAGCUGAAGCUAAAGACCCGUCUGGCGGUGACGCUGCUGUUCGGCGGCGGUCUGCUGUCGGCGUGGUGGUACGUGUACUGGGAGAAGCAGCAGAAGCUGCGGCGGCAGCGGGUGGAGCAGCUGCAGCAGGUGGCGCUGGGUCAGGGCACCUUCAGCCUGCUGGACCACCACGGGCAGCGCCGGACCAAGGAGGACUUCCUGGGCCGCUGGGUGCUGCUGUACUUUGGCUUCACGCACUGUCCCGACAUCUGUCCCGACGAGCUGGACAAGCUGAGCGCCGUGGUGGCGGCGCUGGACCGCGACGCCUCGCUGCCGCCCGUCCAGCCCCUCUUCAUCACCGUGGACCCGGAGAGGGACGACGUGCCGGCGCUGGCCCGCUACGUCAAAGACUUCCACCCCCGUCUGAUCGGACUGACGGGGACGCCGGAGGAGGUGAAACACGCGGGGCGGGACUACAGAGUGUACGCCAGCCCCGGGCCCAAGGACGAGGACGGGGACUACAUCGUGGACCACACCAUCCUGAUCUACCUCAUCAGUCCUGAUGGGCUGUUUCUGGACUAUUACAACCGGAUGAAGGACCAGGACCAGAUCUCAGAGAGCCUCCGGAACCACAUCAAGAACUACGUCGCACUAUGAACUCUUUAUUAACGGGAUUUAAAGUAUAAAAAUAAAGUUUGUUGUAUGAAACCAGUCACACCA